UGUAGUUUGGUUGGGUCACUUCCGGGCGCAGCGUAAACAAAGGAAGUGCGCACAGCUAGAAUACAUUUACAGUCUGAUCAUGUCGGAGCUCCAUAUAUGUGUCCAGCUGGCUGACCAGCCUCUCUCUCCAAAAUCAAUUGUCCACCUUCCGGUCCAGUCCACGAGCGAUGGGAACUCUCCAUGUGGUCAUCGAGUGUCAGUAGUGAAACAGCUUAUCACAGCCACCCUGCCAGAGUCACUUCCUGAUCCCGAGCUGAUUGAUCUGAUCCACUGCGGGCGGCGUCUUAGAGAUGAUCAGACCCUGGAGUUUUAUGGUGUUCAGUCAGGAAGUACUGUUCACAUCCUGCGGAGAGCAUGGCCUGAACCAGCUCCUCGGCCUGAGCCUGUAGACAAGAUAGCUGCUAGCCGUGAGUUCCGGGCUCUACACACAGCUCUACAUACCAGCUCUAGCUACCGUGAUGCUGUGUUUAAGUUACUUGGGAGUCGGGAGUCCUUGGAGCAGAUAGUUGUGGCUACGCCAGGCCUGAGCUCUGAUCCUGUGGCUAUGGGGGUUCUGCAGGAUAAAGAUUUGUUCACUGUGUUCACUGACCCCAGCAUGCUGGACACGCUAGUGGCCUCGCACCCUGCACUAGUAAAUGCAAUCAUACUAAUUCUGCAUUCAGUAAGUGGAGCUUCUUCACUGCCUACACCAGAUGGUUCUGCCCACACUGUGCCCCCUGCAACCCUGCAUAUGCCAGGUGGUUUCUUGUUUGAUGGUCUGUCAGAUGAAGAGGAUGAAUUUCCACAGGCCUCUCGCUCUGGAUCAUCUAGUACUGCUGGUCCCCGUCCUGCUUCUCUUGGAUAUACAGGAGCUUCAGGGCCUCGGCCCAUCACGCAAAGUGAACUGGCCACAGCUUUAGCCCUUGCAAGUACCCCAGAAAGCAGUUCCCACACGCCCACACCAGGAACACAGGGUCAUUCUUCAGGGACAUCUCCAAUGUCAUCAAGCGUGCAGUCAGGAACACCCAUUACGAAUGACUUGUUCAGCCAAGCACUCCAGCAUGCUUUGCAGGCCUCCAGCCAGACAGCCCAGCAGAGCCAAUGGCAGCCUCAGCUUCAACAGCUGCGGGAUAUGGGUAUCCGGGAUGAGGAGCUUAGUCUGAGGGCUUUACAGGCUACUGGAGGAGACAUCCAGGCUGCACUUGAACUUAUCUUUGCUGGGGGUGCAAUGUAGUGUGACCUGCCUAGAAUGAAGCUAAUGGCAAUAGUUCUUUUCAGCUCCACUGAAUCUUAUUGUUCCGUUGUGGGGAUAUUGAUAAAGGGUUGUAAAUAUGGACUUGGUGUAUUUAUUAUAUCAUUUGAAUGCUAAUUAAAGUGUUAUGCUGUAAUAGUA